AUGCCCCCGGCUUCCAACGACAAGUCUCAACAUUCAAUGGGGUCCGGCUUCCCAGGCUCCAAUCUGUAUCCCAACUCCAACAUCUGGACCGCGUCCCUAUCCAACGCCAGAGAGCGCUCCAUCGGCGCUAAAGGUAUGUUUUCGCCCAUUCUGAGAAUGCAGGCCGCUGCCGGUGCACCCGGGUUCAAGUGUACUUAUCCGAUUUUUUCUUCACUUCCAGAAACCGAAGGCAGUCCUUCUGGCUCCAGCGCCCUUGCUGCCAACUCGGAGGCUGAUGUUUGGGGAACAUCAGGCCCUUGGAAAACAGAACACCCAGCUCGAUCGGCCAGCACCUCUCCGAACCGAACUCGCGAUGCGGCCAUGCCGAACGGUUCCGCCUAUUUCGACCACGCUCCAUCCGCUAUUGGCAUCAAGAAGGGCAGCUUUGGCGGCGCUCACGCCCUCGCAGGAGAUGCCGCCGCCUAUUCCACCACUACCUCUACCUUGACAUCACAGAAACUGCCCCCGAUGGAUGCCUUAUACAUGGAGCCGCUUGCCCAGUUUCCGGGAAUCCAGUCAGUCUCUCGUGAAGCCAGCAUCCCUCCUCCCUCGCGACAAUCUCAGGGCUCUCCUGCCUUUCAACAAGAUGUAUACCGUGGCCAUACACCAAGCAAUUCCAAUCAUUCGCAAAGGGCCAUUGGCAACCAAGCCUCGUCUUUCUCAUCCCGCAGUGUGAAUCAACGGGCCUUCAAUCUGAACAAGCAACUCGACGACGAGCUUGCCUACCACGGUCGUCGGCUGGCUUUGGACAAUGCUAACAAUAGUUCAAACUCCUUCAACCCAACAUCGCAACCAUUUCAGUUCAAUCCCGGAUCACAGUCCUGGAUGACUGAAUCCCCCAACUGCAGGUACGAGAAUGCUGUUGAUGCGGACACCAUAGCUGCCCAAUACGCUUCCAUCAAGAGAGGACCCGUUGACAGGAUUCCUCCCUCCCCUGCUUUCCGGCUGGACACUGGCCACAGUCCGCGCAACUAUGCUGUGAACCCCGACAAUUUUCCAGCCAGGCCAUCAUCUCGAGACCCCAGAUCCAGCGAGACGGAGAGACGAAGCGUCCCCGCGCAACAUUUCGCCGGCGGAUUCACACCCUCGUUUUUUCCUGGCCAAUACGCAUUUGCCAACCUGACCACACAAUACCCACAGAGCUACAUUGACCCGUAUGCGCAAAACUUCCGCAACGCCAUGAUAUCUGGCUAUGGCAUUCACCCGGUCUCCUCAGCAUAUUCCCUCGCCGCCAAUUUGCCACCUGUCCGACCCUCAAGGGAUCAGGAUCCCGGCAAAGGUGUACGCAGCGUGCUCUUGGAUGAAUUCCGUCUUAGCAACAAGUCGAGCAAGCGAUAUGAACUCAAAGAUAUAUAUAAUCACCUUGUCGAGUUCAGUGGUGAUCAGCACGGUUCGAGAUUUAUCCAGCAGAAGUUAGAAUCAGCCAACAGCGAUGAAAAGGACCAAGUGUUCCGGGAGAUUGAGCCAAAUGCUAUUCAGCUGAUGAAGGAUGUCUUUGGCAACUAUGUCAUCCAGAAAUUUUUUGAGCACGGCAACCAAGUUCAGAAGAAGGUAUUGGCUGAGAAGAUGAAGGGCAAGGUGGUUGACCUUUCGGUACAGGUUUAUGCCUGCCGUGUUGUUCAAAAGGCUCUCGAACAUGUGUUGGUCGAACAGCAGGCCGAAUUGACCAAGGAACUGGAGCCAGAUAUUCUGCGUGUCAUUCGCGACCAAAAUGGCAAUCAUGUGGUCCAGAAGAUCAUUGAACUGGUCCCAAGACAACACAUUAACUUCAUCACGGACGCAGUGAGGGGUCAGAUCACUGGCCUUGCGUCUCAUACGUACGGAUGCCGCGUCAUCCAGCGCAUGCUAGAGCAUGGGACGGAGAGCGACAAGGCGGAGAUUAUGAUGGAGCUACACGCGUCUGCCCAGAUACUCAUCACGGAUCAGUAUGGCAACUAUGUGGCGCAACAUGUGAUUCAAAACGGGAAGCCCGAAGACCGAGCCAAGAUGAUAGAACUCGUCAUGGCUCAGCUGCUCACUCUGUCGAAACACAAGUUUGCGUCCAACGUCGUUGAGAAGUGCAUCGAGCAUGGUACGGCUGAGCAGCGAACCAGUGUUCGAGAAAAGCUUACUACCGUGGGUAGUGAUGGCACCAGGCCCCUCCAGCAGAUGAUGCGAGACCAAUAUGGCAACUACGUUAUUCAAAAACUUCUUGGCCAACUUGAGGGCAGAGAGAGAGAUAUGUUGGUAGAAGAGAUCAAGCCUCAAUUUUUUGCCCUGAAAAAGAAUGGAUCAUCGCGUCAGCUCCAGGCUUUAGAGAAACUUCUUGGCUUAGGAUCCGGCAGUUCUUGCCUGAAGCAUGACGCUGCACCCACUCAGACGGACCUCAACUCUGCUGCGGACACCCCAGCCCUCACCAACGAAACCAGCAGCCCUCAAAGCAGCAGCCCACGCAGUGCUCACGCAAGCGCCAUCAGUAUCCCGACCGAAGAGAGUGGAAAGAAGACAUCUGACAAGCUGUCCAAUAUGGUCACUCUGCAGGUGCGGGAAGAAGAGGCCUAG